GUGAAGUCAAAUUAGCAACGUCAAAAGUCAAAAUGGAUUUCCCACACAGGGCAGCGCUGGAUAUCUCCACCAGGAACCCUCAGGAUGAUUUUGAGAUUAUGCAACGGGUCGGAGGAGGAACAUACGGGGACGUUUACAAGGCCCGUAACAAGGAGACCGGAGAGCUGGCUGCCAUCAAGGUCAUCAAGAUGGAAGCAGAUGAUGAUUUUUCUGUCAUCCAGCAGGAGAUCGUCAUAGUGAAGGGCUGCAAACAUCCCAACAUAGUGGCUUAUUACGGCAGCUACAUCCAAGACGAUAGACUGUGGAUCUGUAUGGAGUUCUGUGGAGGAGGCUCCCUGCAGGAUAUCUACCAGGUGACUGGUCCUCUGUCUGAGCCACAGAUAGCCUACAUCUGCAGGGAGAUGCUGCAGGGUCUGGACUACCUGCAUGCACAGAAGAAAAUUCACAGAGACAUCAAGGGUGCAAACAUCCUCCUCAACGACCAUGGAGAGGUCCGUCUGGCUGACUUUGGGAUCUCGGCUCAGAUCACUGCCACUCUGUCCCGGCGGAUGUCCUUUAUCGGGACGCCAUAUUGGAUGGCUCCGGAGGUGGCAGCAGUGGAGAUUAAAGGAGGCUACAACGAACGCUGCGACAUCUGGUCCGUGGGCAUCACCGCCAUCGAGCUGGCAGAGCUGCAGCCGCCGCUGUUUGAUAUCCACCCGCUGCGAGUCCUGUUCCUCAUGUCCAAGAACGGCUACCAGCCUCCCAAACUGAAGGACAAGGCUAAAUGGUCCUCCAUGUUCUAUAACUUUGUAAAGGCCAUGUUGGUGAGGAACCCGAAGAAGAGACCCAGUGCCACCAAGAUGCUCUCUAACGUGUUCUUGACCCGGCAGAACCUGAAGCGGGAGCUGACCCUGGACCUGCUGGAGAAGUUUCGACAACCUGAGAAACACAAGUCCUGCCCGGUGGCGGAGGACGACGAGAUGGAGUUGUCGCUGCCUGGAACCCUGAAGAGGAUCCAGUCUGUCAACAAACACAACCAGGCAGAGAGGACACACUCUGACAGUAGCAUGGAGCAGAUUUAUACUCUGAGGCCGAUGAAGAGCAAAUCGCCACCAGAAACUUUAAGAGCUUCACUUGGCAGCAGCAGCAGCAGCAGCAAGAGUCCAUUGAGGGAUCAGGACACAGACAUCGACGACGACUACGACGACGUGGACGUCCCCACGAUGCCGGACCCCAGUCACUUGAUGCCAGACGACGAAACUCCGCCUCCACUCCCUCCCAAGCCCAAAGCUCCCUCCAGCUCAGAGGAGAGCGUGGCGUGGGAGAACGACGGCACGAGGAAGCUGUGCUCGCUCUCCGCCCCGGUUCCCCUCACCAGGACCUCCAGCGAGACACAGGUUCGACCUACGACCCGAGCGCAACACUGUCGACUCUCCGACCCCUUCUCCUUACCCGCCUCGUUGAUUGACGACUCGGCAGACCUCGUUCCUCCUGAUCUCCCCCCUAAAAACAGACGCAGACAGAGACAAACCCCCAAGAAGGCUGGUUUUUGUUCUCAGGAGUGCGUGAGCCCCGUCAUGAAGAAACCACCCAUCUACUUUAAAAAGAUCUUCCAUGGUUGCCCUCUCAGAAUCAACUGCUCCACGACAUGGGAAAACCAAGCUACCAAAGACCAGCACCUGAUCCUGGGGGCGGAGGAAGGGAUCUACACCCUGAACCUGCGUGGCUCAGAGGCCACGAUGGAGCUGCUGUAUCCGGGGAAGUGUACCUGGGUCUACACCAUUAAUAACGUCCUCAUGUCUGUGUCAGGUAAAUCCUCGCAGCUUCACUGCCAUUCACUGAAGGAGUUGUACGAACAGGCUCGGAAGGACCAUAGGUUGGUUUCCUUGUCGACUCACAGGCUGUUACCAAGGAAAAAUGCAGUGACGUGUAAAAUACCAGACACCAAAGGAUGCCAGACCUGCUCAGUUGCAGAUAACGUGCCGCGCGGCUGCGUGUUCCUGUGCUGCGGUCUGGAGGCCAGCGUGAUGCUGCUGCAGUGGUACGAGCCCAUGCAAAAAUUCAUGCUCAUUAAGAAUUUCGACUUCCCCCUGCCCAACCCUCUGCGGGUGUUCGAGAUGGUGACGGUGCCCCAGCAGGACUACCCGCUGGUGUGCAUCGGCGUCUCUCUGGGUUCCAACCCCAAGGUGCCCGUCACUGUGGAGUACAUCAACCUCAACUCCAACACGUCCUGGUUCACCAAGCCCGGCCUGGAGAGACCUUGCCAAGAUGUAAUUCAAGUAAACCAGUUAAGCAGCAGCUCACUGCUGGUCCUCAUAGAAAAGUCAGUACAUAUAGUCGGCCUGAAGGGGGAGCUGAAGAGCAACAGGCCUUCAACACAGGACAACACCUUCUCCCAUGCUAUCCAGUCUAUAGUGUAUUUCGAGGACACGCUGCUGGCAGUGUGGCGUCACGGCUGGCAGAGGAGAGGACAAGGUUUCACUGAGGUGCUGGAGGAGACCACCGACCACAGAAAGAUCUACAGACUGGUGCAGACCGGCAGGAUGGUCGUCCUGGAGACGCGUCAGACCGAGGACCAAUCGGGGCGGUCCAACCUGUACGUCCUGGAAAUCGCCGAGAACUACGUCAUGCUGCCCUGACUCUCCUGUCUGCUGGCCGGGGCAUCAUGGGAAACUCCACGCAGGACUGUUACAUCAGAGAGGAGAUACGUCGGAGGGUUAAACGAUGUCGUGUUACACCCGGCCAAGGGGAGCCUGAGCAUAACAGACGGACGGGUCUCCCCACCCCCCAAAUUAGGACCAAUGCUGCAGUUUAUAAUGAACAAUGGUUGUUUAUGUGUCAUAAAUUCUUCAGGGUGAGUCUGGCCCAAAAUAACAAACAGACAAUCUGUGCAAGUCAUCUAACUUCCCUAGACUACAAAAUAAAUAAAAGAAAGUACAGAUGUCUUACCUAUCUCUCUAUUCGAAAACAGGAGAAAACAGUGUUGAACAAAAAGGUCUCCUCACCCCGACCGACACCCUUUCUAAUCCCACCACCCAAGAAUCUGUGUUGUGCCCCACAGGUUCCCUCCUAAGUAGCCGUCCAAUUACCUGGAACGAAAAUAAAAGCACAGGGCAAGACAAGUCUGCUCUUAUUUAUGCUGAUUUCUACUUCCACUAUCCAGACCGAUGAGAAAAGCCUAAAAUAAACAGUGAAGGAAGCUCCUCCUCUAACACUAAAGAUGAGUAUCUUUGGUGUAUUGCCGAUGUCUUCCAGCAAAUGGACUCAUGCUGUGUAGUUUGUAUGCCAGUGUUCAAGAUAAGCACUCCUCACUACCGUUACAUCGUAAUAAAGUCAAUAAACACAU